AUGUCAAAAUAUUUUUCAAAUAUUAAAGAAUUACCUCCAGACCCAUUAUUUGGGUUGAAAGCUAGAUACACGGCCGAUGACCGUUCGGAUAAAGUAGAUUUGGGAAUUGGUGCUUAUAGAGAUAAUAACGGAAAGCCAUGGAUAUUGCCAGCAGUUAGAAAGGCAGAGGAGAAAUUGAUUAACUCAGAAGGGUACAAUCACGAGUAUUUGUCGAUUUCGGGGUAUCAACCAUUUUUGACCGAGAGUGCUAAAGUUAUUUUAGGAAACAACUCGCCAGCCAUCAAGGAGUCGAGAGUGGUCAGUCAACAAUCGUUGUCAGGUACGGGUGCAUUGCACUUAGCAGGUACAUUUUUGAAGGAAUUUUUCACUACUGAGUCAAAGGAUCUUCCAACGGUGUACUUAUCAAACCCUACGUGGGCCAACCAUAAUCAAAUUUUCACUAGUUUGGGAUUGAAGGUAGAGAAGUAUCCAUACUGGAACAAUGACACCAAGUCAUUGGACUUGAAAGGAUUCUUAUCUACUAUCGAAAAGGCACCAAAGAACUCUAUUUUUGUGUUGCAUGCUUGUGCCCAUAAUCCUACUGGACUUGAUGCGACCAAGGAACAAUGGGAGCAAAUUCUUGAAGCAUUGGCUAAGAACGAACAUUUAGCUUUGUAUGACUCUGCUUACCAAGGGUUCGCUAGUGGUAAUUUGGAUAACGAUGGGUUUGCUGUUAGAUUGGCUGUCGACUCAAAGAAAUUGAAGACCCCAAUUGUCAUCUGUCAAUCUUUUGCAAAGAACUGUGGUAUGUAUGGUGAAAGAGUUGGUGCUAUCCACGUCAUUCCAGCCGAAAACAACAAGUCUUUGAACAACGCUAUCAAGUCACAAUUGAACAAGCUCACCAGGUCGGAGAUCUCCAACCCUCCAGCAUACGGUGCCAAGAUUGUUGCAACCAUUUUGACCGAUUCAGAAUUGAGAAAACAAUGGGAAGACGACUUGGUCACUAUGAGUUCGAGAAUUAACAAAAUGAGAAAUAAGUUGAGAGAUUUAUUGACAAACCAGUACAAUACUCCUGGUAACUGGGAUCAUAUUGUCUCCCAAUCGGGUAUGUUCUCCUUCACAGGAUUGACUGCUGACAUGGUGUCAAGAUUGGAAAAGAACCACGGAAUUUACUUAGUCAGCUCCGGUAGAGCCUCCGUUGCUGGUUUGAAUGAUGGCAACAUCGACAAGGUUGCUCAAGCUAUUGAUGAAGUUGUUCGUUUCUACGCUAAGUCGAAGUUGUAA